AUGGAAGAAUACAGCGAUGAGGCAACAUUUCAUGCCGAGAUUGAAGUGUUGACAAAAAUCAGGCAUCGAUGCAUUGUUAAGUUAUAUGGCUUUUGUUCCCACUCCCAGUGCAAAUUCCUUGUGUAUGAUCUUAUCGAGAGGGGAAGUUUAUCAUCCAUGCUUCAUGACCAAGAGCUAGUGAAGGAAUUGAAUUGGCCCAAGAGAGUGACUGUUGUGAGAGAUGUAGCUCAAGCUCUCUCUUACUUGCACCAUGAUUGUGAUGAUCCGAUCGUGCAUCGCGACAUAAAAAGCAGCAACAUUCUUCUGGACCUCGAUUUUAAAGCUUAUGUCUCAGACUUCGGCAUGGCGAGGAAACUGAAGCACGGUUACUCAAGCUGGAGCACUAUCUUUGCAGGGACAUGUGGCUACAUAGCCCCGGAAUUGUCAUCUACCAUGGUGUUGACAGAGAAGUGCGACGUGUACAGCUUCAGCGUGGUUGCGCUGGAAGUUUUGAUUGGAAAGCACCCAGCCAGUGAAGGUCUUGGACCUGAAGCUCUCACACUCAAGAUAUGGCUGAUUGAGAAGGAUUUUUUUUAUCCAAAGGGUGCUGAAGCUGCUGACUGA